UUCGGCUGCGGAGACUGGGAGAUGGAUUUGCAUUGGAGUCGGAAUGGAAUUACAACUGCUGGUAUUCUCCUUGAAUGCAGUCCUUCAAAAGCCCUGGUCGCAUACAUAGUGUUUGGUUGUAUGUAAAACUCCUUGGUAAAAAAUGGCAAGCUCCAGUUUUUAUCACUUCAGGAGAUUACUCAUACUGUACCUAAUAACUUUUACUUUUAUCGUACCUAUUCUGUGUUAUUUUUUACCAUAUUCAAAACUGUUCAAGGUCUUCCAUUCAGAAAAGGAAAUGUUGAUCAAUGCCAAGGAUUUAAACAAGGAACGACUUGCCGAUGCCAAUGCUUAUUUUAACAGCAUUGAUAAAACAGAGUCAAGGCAGUUCUACAACCAACACAACCAGGAGAGACUUGAUUUACUUGUAGUCAUAGUAACAGUUCAGAGGAAAUCAGCUGACCUACAGAAGUUGGGCUAUUUCCUUCAAGCAACAGCAGCAAUGGACAAAUUGCUAAAGCAUAAUCAAAGUUUUAGGAAAAAGAAGCUAGUAAUUUGUAAUGUUGAUGCAAAGCCAAUAAACCACACUGAUGUUACAUUUCUAUCUACGUUUAUUCCAACCAUACAAAGAUACGGCCCAAGUGGAAGGGAUUUGUCGAGGUCUACGACUCCACUGAGAGCAGCACUGUAUGAUAAACAUCUACACAGAAAUAGAUAUGAGAAGGAAACUGUAGAUUACAUGUUCUGUUUGGAGAGUGCCUACCACAUGAACUCCAGCUAUAUUUUAAUGAUGGAGGAUGACGCCAUUCCACACAGAGAGGUGCUUAGUAACGUCAAACACGUAAUGGACACAAAACUUCACCAUAACAGUCGGGAGUUUGGGUACAUCAAACUCUACUACCCUCAGAAGUGGCAAGGAUUUGCUUUUGAAGAAACUAGGAUAAUAGAAUUGCUGAGUAUUGGUUGUAUGGGAGCAGGUAUUUUUGUGUUUUUCUUGAUUUGUCUUUUAGAUGACAGAAAAAAAUCAUCACCAUUUUCUAUACAGAUAUUAUAUUUUUUAGCUGGUUGUAUUUAUUUUAUAUUGAUUGCAGAACUUUUAGAUAGACAAAAUAUAAUGGAACUAAGGAGGUUUUCUCCCUCUUUGUAUUCCUUUAAGAAAUCUCCUGGUUGUUGUACACAAGCUAUGCUAUACAGUGAUCACAUCCUACCCUCCUUGGUAAACUUUCUACAAGACUAUGCUAGGCCAGGCAUGGAUCACACAGACAUAGCCAUCUAUAAGUUCACCUUAAAACACAAUAUUCCAUGUUACCAGAUAGAGCCAAAUCUGUUCCACCAUGUUGGUCUAUAUACAUCACUGGUAGAAGGCAGAUAUAAGGACCCAGAAGGAUUCCUCUUCCAUGUUUAACAGUUUCAAAUAAUUACAUAUGUUCAACCAGGGUUACACAUGUGAUAUUAGUAUAUUAUCUUUAUCAGUGACAAAUUUUCAAUUAAAUGUAUAUGCAGUUUAUAGCAUGUGAUAUAUAUAAAUUAUACAUUUAAUUCCAGCAUUUAAUUUGGACAAUUAUUCAUUCUGUAUUGUAGUCUUCAUUUGAUCAAAUCAAACUUCUGAGAUGAUAUUUUCAAAUUUUCCAUCAAUAAUGCACAUGCACAAUUCCCCUUUCCUGUACUCCGCCCUUCUGAUGUUAAAAUAAAUCCAAAUGGUAUGUGUUGUGUUCAUUUUCCACAUAACACCACACUUUUGUCAUUUAGUACACAUUUCAAACUAAAGUCCACAUUUUCAUACUAAAACAAACUUUUAUAUAAACAGUCACACUCAAAAUGAAAUUACAACAUUGGUACAAAAAUAUGUGACCAUGUAUAGAAUCACUGCACAUAUUACAGAGUAAAAUAAAUCCUGCUGGUUUUGAAUGCCAUGUUUGUAAAGACUACUGGAAGGUAACCAGAUUCAGUGUAUUUAUUAAUACGUUGUAUUAUUUUCAAAUUAUCUAUUCAUAAGUUUAUCCAGAUUAUUUGUAUGUGGUUGUCAUUCCCUGCAAGUUUUGGCCUGAAGCUAGUUUUACCAAAUUUAUCUGAUGUUCCCAUUGUAACUCUUGGACCCUCUAUUGUUUCCGACUACCUGUUAAACCUACUCUUUAUAGUAAGGGUUUUCUUGGGAACUUUUUAGUCAUAGGCGUUUCUUAUCAGAUUAAUAGGACCAUGUGAAGUGUCAUAAUGUUCCAUUUGUGUGCAGCUUAUAAACUAUAAUCUAAAACACUGAACAAAUUAGCAAUCCAAAAAUCUCGGCUGUUUUGAGGAUCAAAACUCAACAGUAGUGUGGUAGUCAUACAUGUACAGUUGUGUUCAUGGAUAUUUGUGAGAGUUUUGAGUACACUGAUUACGGUUUUUAGCUCACAUGCAUCAAAGUGCCAAAUAAGAUUAAGAAUUGACAUCCAUUCGUCAUUUUUGGCAAGUGAGCUUAUGCUAUGGCGCAGCGUCCGUCGUCCGUCCGUCCGUCAACCUUUCCUUUAAAACGCCAC